AUGUCAACCACCUCAUCAAGUACCUCACAAUUGAAGACUCGUUCUGGAUCACUCCCAACUUCCCCUUCCCCAACCCCAUCGCCUCCCCUGUCAACUCAAGCCUGCUCUGUAUUGGAUACUCAACAAUCACCUCCUCCUCUCUCAGGCUCAAGACCAAGAGUAAAGUCAGUAUUCCUUCAAGGGAGCCAGUUUGGACCUCUUAAGAAGUCCAAGAUUGGAUUGAUCAACAGCUCUGAUACCAAACUGACUGUUGUGAUCAAAGGAAACAUUAAUGGAACUUACACUCAGGAGAAGGAGGCAGGUGUCGAUCUUGGAGUUACGGGUCUAAAGGCCAACGGAGUUAUAAGGAAGGCACUCAAGAAUGAGGCACCAGCAAACUCAGUCUUCCUAGACAAUGACAACACUCAAAUCAAGUAUCGUAUAGAGGAUGACGUUGUCUUGGUCAUUGUUUUCCGAAAGGACGACUCAUUGGCGCAAGUCACCAACUCCCAGCCCAAGACCAAGCUCCAAGAAGACCGCCAACGAAGGUAA